AUGCAUCAGCCACCGAGGUCACUGACGCAGGCGCCAGCUUCUGUUUCUACUUGCGCUCGCCUUUCUACUGGGGUGUGCCAUGGAUAUGCGCCACCAGCCUCCGUGCCUAAAAGUGCGACAGCGUCUUCUUGUGAGAUUGGCAGAAGCCGCGCUUGGUUGCGUCACGCGUUGCCGCCCCCAUAUUCGAAGCUAAGCAUCCCUGAGGCGGGGAUCGUCCGCGCCGCGUCGUCCCCGCUCUGCGUGGAGCGCCCACGAUGCCCGCGGGUUCUCCAGGGCGGAUGGCCCCUGUUUUUGAGCGUGGGAGCUCUUCGCGGAAAGCAUUCUGCAACUUUUCCGCAGGGUUCUGGCUUGAAAACGAAGCCGCUCGCUCUCGCAGAUUCCAAGAAGACGAGAAGAGACGCCUCAAGCAACAGGGGUCCUAUGCAGACUGCGAUGCGGCAGCAGAAGGAACCCGGCCUCCUCGACGAACUCAUGGCGACCGUCGAGUCCUUCCUGUCGCGGGAGACGGAGAAAAUUAACUCAACGGCCUCUUCUUUCCUCGGGAUGCAAGACUCCAAUGCCAGGCGACGCGGGGAUGAUGUCGUUCUAUCGAGGUUUCAAGCGGCGAUCCAGCCAGGAGGCUGGGAAGUCGGGAUUCCCACGAUUCCUUUCCUUCUCCUGGGCCCCGUCGGCGCUCUCGUCGUCUACGCUUGCCUGUGGCGCAGUCUCUGGCGCCCGCUGAAGCGUGAAGAGGAGCGCGCAGCGCGGGAUGCGGCGUCUCAGGAGAACCUCGAGGAGACCCGGCGCACGCCAUCUCUGAGGUCGUUCCCCCUCACGCUCGUGCCGCUCUACGCCUCAGAUCUGCUGUCCCACAUCGGCCCGUUCUUGGCGAAACACAUCGAGAGCCGCGGCGCGUGCGAAAAGGCUCUAAGCGAGCUGCAGGAUCCACUCCUGGCGCGCGAGGCGCGCGGCACCUCACUCGCAGCCCUUCAGUCAAUGCUCCAGUAUCCGGCUAUUGCGGAUCGACUCUGUGCGACGAGCGCGGCCGCUGAGAAGUCGCACCCACAGGACGAUCCUCCUCUGCGGCAGCGGGAAGCUCCUGUCGCCGCCCCACUCGCUGUGGCGAACGAGCGGUGUCCAGGCGAUGCGGACGCUGCGUUGGAGGCCGCCGAGGGCGCGGAGAAAACGGCUCUGGAGAUUCUGCUGUCCGUGUUUGUGGGACAAAAUCAGCCCGAAGGGAUCGCCAAACAAUCGACCGAGUGGCUCGUGGAACUCAGCUGUCUCUGCACCAUUCUCCGCCACACAGUUCCCGAGGACAGAGAGGUCCCAUAUGAGCUGCUACUUCGUCUGGUGAACGGGAACGAGUCGCUCUGGGCGCAUGAGCCAAGUUUUGAGGAGCUUCGCGCGAGGCUCCUUCUCAAGCUUUUCGAGAACGAAGCGAACGCGCUCUCUGUGUAUGACCGCGAGAUACCUGAGUUGCAAGCGCGGCGGCUCGCGGAGCUUGAGCAGCGAAGAGCGGAAGAGAAGGACGAGGAAACUUCUUCGUCGCAGACGACCGCAGCUUCCGAGGAGGGAGACGCGCCGCCGAAGCCGCUCGAAGAGAGGGGGGGCGAAGGCCCCUCGGAACUCGCUUCAACAUCCCGUGACGAGGAGGAGGCCGCAGGAGCCGAGAAGACCGCGGAGACCUCCAAGAGAGACAAGACGCCAGCAGAUCGCCCGCGACUUGUACUGGAGUAUCUCCUCAAUCCCAGUCCCUACAAACUCCCAGACUCCAUCUUGCUUCAGAUCUGGCCUGUGGGCAAGCGUAUCCGCGCCGGCGAGCCUGAGCACGCUCUUCGAAAAACAGUCAAACUUCUGAGCGCCUUCGUGGACGCGCGCGAGGAGGCAAGAGCGAGGGAAACGGGAUCGGUUAGCGCCGCGGCUGAGGAGAAAUCAGCUCAGUCCGCUGCAUCGUCUUCCCACACUCCCUUCUGGAGGAUACUCCUAGGGCGCGAGUCCAAGGCGACGACCGCGGCGAGAGCCGGAAAGGAGACCAUAUCUGGAGACCCAGGCUGCUCUGCCGCCGCUCGUGAACGGACUGGAGGCCAAGGAGUCCACGUGGCGCACAGCCCAGAGGAGGCCUCGCUCGCGUCUCUCGGCGUCGCAGCCUCGUCUGCGCUGUCGCCUCGUCGGUCGCCUCCGUGGCCAGCGAAGGUCCUGUUGAGAGAACUCGAAAAUGACCUUUUGUGCGUCCUCAGUGUGGUAUUGGUGUGUCUCUUCACGCGCAAGGGCGGCGGCGAGAACCUCUUCGGCGAGAUGGGCAAGAUCGGUCUAACAGCGCUAAGAGCGAUUCGGGGUCUCGUGCUACUUGAGGGAGCGUACCACUUUGAGACCAAGUUCAUUCACUCUCCAGAAUACUACGCAUCGUCAGACUCGGACAUGAUAAAGCAAAGCGUCGGACUCGCAGCCGUCAACGGCCUGUUCCUCGGGGCGCUUCUGCGCACUCACAAAUACGUUCUGUUGCCUUUUUUGCUACUCCGCCUCCGCGACAUGGUUUCCAUGGACUUCCGCAUCUGA